AACAGGCCCAAACCAUCAGUGACAAACGUAAUAAAUUCAGUUAAUGCAUUAUAAGUGACAAAUACUUUUUUAAAUGGCUUUAUCCGAAAAUUUUUCUACAUCUGAAUGCUAUUUCGAGUCAUGCAUAAACUUUCUUAGCGAUUUUGAGUGGCUGUAUAACUUUUCCAAUACAGAAUUACUCGUGAAAAAUGUUCUUGAACAUUUUCCAAUUGAGUGGAAAAUGUGUUUUAAUAAUAUGACUUAUGAUGAACUCUGCCAUAUGCCUGCUGGAGAAAUAAAUGAAACGUGGCCCUCAAGUCUUAAACAGUUCUUUAAAGAAUUAAAUGCAUUAAAACCAAGAUUUUCUUAUACAGAAUGUAUAAGUUCAAAUCACAAAAACCUUCAGGAUGAUUUAGGACGUCACGCUACUGGUAUGUCCAAAAAGAAACAACACGAAGUGCUUAAUUUAGUAAAACAGAUUGAACAAUACUGCGAUGAUGUCAAUGUUAUAGUCGACGUAGGAUCAGGCCUGGGCUAUCUUAGUCAGUUUCUUCAUGAAAAAUGUGGAUUUCAUGUUUUGGGUAUAGAGGCAGAUGAAACUAACAUCCGAUCGGCGAAAGCGCGGCAAAUGAAAUGGUUUCCAAAAUCAUUGGAUAAAGUUUUAUAUGUCCAACACCGUGUUACACCGAAGUCUUGCAGUGCAAUUAAUGAGUAUCUCAAAAAUACUGGAUGGGAUCUGACUAAUGGAGUUUGCAUGGUCGGUCUCCACACCUGUGGUGAUCUAGUUGCCUCAGCAAUUGACAUCUUCAAUUCAAGUAGUUUCUUGAAGAAAUUAGUAGUAAUGCCUUGUUGCUAUCAUAGGAUGCAGUUUAAAAAUAUUGACGGUGCUGAGAUUUUUCAGAAUUUUCCAUCUUCGAAAAUCUUAAAGCAAAAGUUUGAAAGUGCUAGAUGUGCAAAGUAUUUCAGAAGACCAUUCUUAAGACUGGCAUGCCAGCAGAGGCCCGGUGUUUGGGAAAGUUUUGAUGGCUUUGAAUUAGAAGCGAGAUCGUUCAGAUUACUUAGUCGAUCUAUACUUGAACUUUAUGUUAAAAAAGAAAAUUUAUUAUUGGUGAAGAACAAGCGUAAAGCUACAAAGAAGAAUGGAAGUAAAAAUUGCUUUCAGAAUUUUUUGACAGAUGUAGAGAUAGGAUAUACCAUAAAGCAUUUAUUCGAGUUUAAUGGGACGUCGGAAUAUGAAUUUGCAAAACAUUCUAAUGAGAUGACACGAUUAUGGCAAUCAAGAAUUGACGAACCAGUAGACAUAAAACUACUUUCUGGUGCUUUAUUAGUGCUCCAGGCUUGCAUGCAACCAGUUUGCGAAAAUUUGUUGCUCCUCGAUAAGGUGGAACGUUUGAACGAAUCAAAUGUUGUGGAAAACGCUAAAUUCAUCAAAAUUGCAAACGAAGCGAUAUCUGCUAGAUGUUUUUGCUUAGUAGCUUCUAAAAAAGAUUUAUGACGAACAGAGAUAUAUUUAAAUUUUAACAUGGAUAGAACAAAAUUA